CUUAUUCAAUUCAAUCUUUAACCGAGUCAACCUUCAAUGAACGCAUCAUCGUCAACGCUUCAUUCAACCUCGAGUCCGCUUACGAGUACAUCCUACAAUUGAAUUGUACCGACGAUAUUGGCAUCGUCUCCAUCCGCUGUCUCCGAUCGGUCGAGGGUGCACGUCGAUACUUGGGAUUAUAGGACGGAUUGAAGAGAAUUUCUAUCGUAUCUCGACACAAUGAGCGCGCAAAGAGUUGGUAUUCGGGCGCUGCAGCAAGCAACCGCCAAACCCAAUGCGCUCUUCCUCUCCCAGAACCUCCCCCGCCUCGCUCUAGCGAUAAAUGCCACGAGUUCUCAGACUAGAGACAUAUCAACGCAAAAGUUCACCCCAACCGAAGCCCAAUCCCUCCUCGCCGCCCAACGCCGCCGCCGACCCGUCUCUCCCCAUCUCGCAGCCUACGACUACAAGCAGACCUGGUUCGGGGCCUCGAUCUGGACACGAAUCACAGGACAAGCGCUCUCGACCUCUCUCUACGCCUUCUCGAUCGCGUACCUCGUCGCCCCUCUGACAGGAUGGCACGUCGAGUCCGCGACGCUAGCCGAGGCCGCCGCCACGCUUCCGCCGAUCCUAAAGACGGGGCUGAAGGCGGUCGUAGCCUGGCCUUUCUUCUUCCACUUCAGCAACGGCAUCCGCCAUCUCGUCUGGGAUACUGCUCGGGGGUUUAAGAAGCCCGUCAUCCAGCAGACUAGUUAUCUCGUACUGGGUGCCAGCAUCGUCGGGACGCUUGGCGCCGUAUUCCUGUUGUGAUUAGGUAGACAGGUUAGGAGGAGCAGAGGGGUGGAAGAUAGGGCCUUGGGAGAAUUAGUAAAUCGGCUCUAGUAGUAUGCCUACCCAAGCGCAUUACCUGUGAGUUGGAAUUAGGUUCUGUCUGUAGAUUACAAAGAAAUCGGUAAAAGGAACCAGUUUACAAUCAAUUUGGUUAAAGCAUACACGCACAUGCAAAAUCUCUCCUACUCAAGACGCAUAUCGUGAGGAACAACAAUUUAUGUGUAUUCCU